AUGAAAGCCGUUCAAAUCCUGGGCGACGCGUCGUCCCCCAAAAUUGUGACCACUGAUUCAAUUGCAAUCCCUAGCCUCAAAGGCGCCGAAAUUCUCAUUCGCGUCCUUGCUUCUGGCGUCACCGGCGACGAAGUGCUGUGGCCCGAAGUCUACGAAACUACCUCACGCAUACCGGGACAUGACGUAUCCGGAGUCAUCGCAGCUUUCGGCCCUCACUAUAACGGUCCCCUUGCGGUCGGCCAAGACGUAGUUGCGCUCCUCGCAGCCGAUCGCGGCCAGGGCCAGGCUGAAUACACUAUCUGUCUGGCAGACGAAGUUGCCCUUAAGCCGGACUCCAUAACGCACGAAGAAGCCGCUGCGCUGCCUAUCCCUGUCCUCACGGCCUGGCAGGCCGUUGUGGACCAUGGGAAGCUUACUGCUGGCACUACGGGCAUGCGGAUCCUUAUCACAGGGGCAUCUGGUGCCGUCGGGAUGCUAGCUGUGCAAUUUGCGAUAAGACUCGCCGACGCCAAUGUGAUUGCCCUCGCGUCGUCUCGGAACCAUCGUACACUCAAGCAACUUGGCGUACAGGAUGUGGAUUUGCACGACUACAACACACCAGGCUGGGAAGCGAAUAUCAAAGACGUGGACGUGGUCUUUGACACAGUCGGCGGCGAUGUCUUGAGAAAGACCUGGGAAACUGUCAAGAGCGAUGGGAUCAUCAUCACAGUCGGUGAUCCAGCGCCGGCAUGGGCAUUUGGGGGAGGCAAAGCUCCUGAAUCUGCGGACUACCCUGACGUACGAUACAUGCAUUUCAUUGUCAGCCCAGAUUCGCACACGCUGGCCCGAGCUUUGGAAAUGAUCGGCGACGGCUCGAUCAAGCCACUGGAAGUGGAGUCGAUUCCUGUUGAGAAGGCCGACCAGGCUUGGGAGCGAGCGAGACAGAGAGGACGCAGCAAGAAGAUUGUCAUUACUUUUUGA